AAAUAAAAGUAGGUGCAAAGGGGGAGUAAAAAGAAAAGACCCAAGCAGACAGAGACAGAGAGUGACAACGAUACUGUAGCAAAUGAGAAUGUAAGAAGAGAGGAGAGGACAGAGUGGAGAGGUGAAUGAGGUGAUGAUGGCAAACCCUAGAAGAAACUCAUUAGCAAACACAAACAACAAUCAGAGCACGAUAUUUGUGAACCAAACAUCAACACCAACACAUGCAAACUCAACCUCAUCUCGCAUCAUUCACUUCCUCAAGAAGCCUCACGCUUUCCCUUUUCUUCUCUCAGUCUUCCUCUUCCUCACAUGGCUUUCUCUCAAACUUCAGCACACCAAUUCUCGCUUUUCGCCUCCAACUUUAGCUCGUGCCCAGCAGACUUCGAAUCACCAUGACCAUGAGGACGAUGCUAAGGCUGGUUUGGUCAGAUUCCCAUCUGGGUUUCCUUCCCCUCUUGCUAAAGACACCCGUGGUUGGAUGCUCGACCCCAUCUCUCUUGCCCUAACUCAUCACCUUUCGGGUGGAGCUGUGACUUGUGCUUCACUUCAUCUUGGGGAAAUUCGACCUGGUGCUUUAAGGGGAAAUCACAGACAUCAUACUUGUAAUGAGACACUUGUCAUUUGGGGUGCUAAAACAAAAUAUAGGUUGGAGAACAGCCAAGUAGUUGGUAAAGGUUACGCUGAAGUGAUAAUUGAUGCAGACGAGGUUGCUGUUGCAGCUAGCCCAAGCGGAACUGCCCAUGCUUUAGUAAAUGUGGAUCCAAUUCGAAGUUCAUACUUUAUAGGGUGCCAAGACAGUAUUGUAAAUUAUAGCAACUCAUCUACUGAUUUUAAUGUUUGGAAAGAUCUUUAAGCUUUAUUUUUUUGCAAGUUUUGCUUGGUUUCCCUUUUCUGUCUGACAUGCUUCAUUUUUUUUUUAAUUGCCCAAUAGGUGACUACUGUACUAGGGCAUUCCAAGGUUAAUAUAAGUUUCAAGAUAAGAAGUUGUUGUCUCUGUAUAUAUGUUACUAAGUUGCCAUUGAGUUUAUUAUUAGCAAUCAGGGUUUGAUUUCUUCGAGUUC